AUGUUUCGGACCUCUCUUCGGUCUGCUUCAGACCCUCUCCGGGACCAUGUGUGCCUCUCCUGCUUGAGCCACCGCUUUGUCGCGCCGUCCAGGUUACGUCAAUUCCACGCCCGACCUUUCCUGCGCAUUGAAGCCAGCAAUGGAACAUCUGAGAGCAAAUCGGACAACGCGCCGCUUUCUUCCACCUCAAAUCAGGAUGGGGGCUUGGCCACAGAGAGCGAUGCGCACUCCAAUCUCGCCUCGAAAGACGAUGCGACUUCGCCGCCAGAAUCUUCAAAUGUCGAGCAUACGAAGAGACUCAGAGAUCGCCGGUCAUCCCAAAAGACCAAGAUGCAGAGGAAGCUGGAACAAUUGAAAGCCAAAAGCGAACUCGACAAGAAGCAAUCGGAAGCGACCUCCAAAAAAUCUGAAAAUAAGAAUGAUGCGCACAAGAAAGAAACACCGUCCAAGCCAGUGACCAAAAUGCUUGAGGAGCGGAUCAAGAAGACUCAAAAAGAGAAGAAUCCAGACGAACCCAAGCGCAAGCUUACGCAUGUUAAAAAUUUCGUGCUCGAAAAGACUACCGGUUCGAUAGAGCAUAAGGAUGGCGAUGUGAUGGCACUGGAUUACGGAACAGCCCCCGUCCCUCGUUUGUCAUUUGGACUUGAUCGAGUGCUUUUUAAUCCCGGUGUCUACCAACUAAGAGAUCCUCGAUCGCGCGUCUAUAAUUUUGAUCCCUACCUGGGUAAAAUCAUGCCUGUGACAGAAUUCGACUUCAAUACCCUCAAGGAUUAUAUCACCUCAUCCAAGGAUGAAACCCUCCGCAAUAUCGCGGUCAAAGAGAAGAAGAAGUACGUUGGGUCUUCUUCCAGUAUGACUUCGGUGCUUUCCCACUUCCAUUACCUUCUGUCCUCGUGGCGGCCCGUGGACACGAAGACAGUGUCUCGCGGCUUCCCAGAAACAUUGACGACCUUUACUCGUCUGCUACGUGCACCCGCCGCUAUGUUCCUUCACUAUCAGGAUGGAGUGUACGCGAUUGACGCAGACAAAGAGUUCGAUCACGCCAAUAUUCUCAUGAAUCUCGGAAAGUCUUUAGAGAAGCUGCUCACUCUGCCGAAGGAAGAUUUCGAGCGUUAUCGACGAAGUCAUGAGAACAAAAUCUCCGCGGCAGAGGAAGAGGCCAUUCCUGAAUCCUACCACUUCUCCAGCUACGGCAACUUCAUCAUGCGGUCCCAGCUGGACGCAUAUGAUCACCGCCUCCCAGGAACAGGCAUGUUUGAUCUGAAGACCCGAGCUGUGGUCUCGAUCCGUCAGGAUGCAAAGAACUUCGAGCACGGCCUCGGCUAUGAGAUCAAGGACCGAUUCGGUGCCUUUGAGUCUUACGAGCGCGAAUUCUUUGACAUGAUUCGCGCCGCAUUCCUCAAGUACUCCCUGCAAGUACGUAUCGGCCGCAUGGACGGUAUCUUCGUCGCCUUUCACAAUGUCGAGCGCAUUUUCGGCUUCCAGUACAUCAGUCUUCCUGAGAUGGACCAAGCUCUACACGGCCAAUACGACACAGCCCUCGGAGAUGCCGAGUUCCAACUGAGUCUCGGCUUGUGGCAAAAAAUCCUUGAUAAAGCAACUGAGCGAUUCCCCGAGAAGUCCCUCCGCUUCCAUUUCGAGACCCGGGACGCAGUGACACCAUUCAUGUACGUGUUCGCCGAGCCCGUCACGCACGACGAGAUCAGAGCCAUUCAAGAAAAGAAUAAGGCCGCCAUCGACGAAUAUCAGCAACGCCUCUUGAACCUUGAAGUGAGCGAGGACGACUCCGACCUUGACGUGCCUACCCCUGAGCCUGUCGAGGAAAUUGCCGAGGAGGAUAAGGGAUCACCAGAUGCCGACGACAAUCUCCUCGCUUUUGCCCUUACUGUCCGCAACAAGGUAAAUGACGCCUACGUUGAGCGACCCGUGAACUUCACAGCCGGCGACACCUGGUCUCUCGAGUACGAGAUGAGCGAACUCUCCCCGACACAAGGCCGUACGCUCUACAGGAUGUGUCAAGCGCGGCGACAAAGGGAACUGGCCGGCCGGGGCGAGGACGAAUCACAAGACUCUUCGAACAGUCAGUACAUUCGCAAGCUCCGCGCAAUUGCGAAACAGGGCCGACGGUUCCGCAAGGAAGAGAACAAGCUGGACAAGGAGCGUGGUAUUGUUGUUUUGGGAGAAGAAUCAACGUGA